AUGGACCAGCAGUUGAUGAUGGGAGCGGAUGUGACGAUUUCAUCAAACGAAACAGGAAUGCUGCUGUAUGAGCGAUCAGGGGAUGCCAGCUUGUUCAUAAGGGCUGCAGCCUUUUAUGCCACCAUCAACAUGCUGCUAAUCUGUCUGGUCGUCAUGUGCCUUAUGUGGAUGGCACUCCGAUAUUUCAGAAGAAAAGAAGAAAGAGACAAGCUGGGAGAAAUAAUAGAUCAAAGAUUUUGGAAAGAAGAAAAUGAUAUUGCAUGUUUGUUUCAAAUAUUAAAAACCAUGAAAACGUCGAUAGUCUUCAGAGAUAUAACAACCUACCACGUUUUGAGUUACAAGUACAGAACUGACAACGGUGUAUAUGCACACGAACACGCCAGGCCAAAUGGAACUAGCUCAACUAAUUAUACAGAAACGACCAGAGCAAAAGAUACACGCAGUAAAACUAAGACUAAUGUUUUCAUGAUUUUGAAAAAAGUUGAAAGAUUGUUUUUUAGCUUGUGUCUUCAAAUGCCUAAAUCUGGAAAAUGCUCAAAACAUGCUGCAACUACUCUCGGCUCUACUAUAUUAAGUAUUGCUCAAGUUACAUCUUUGGUUUGGUGUGAUGAAAAAGCGGUUUCAAUUUUUAACGUAGUAAAAUAUUUUUCUGGAAAAAAAUGGGCAAUUAAAUUGCAGGAAACUCAUGUUAAAGAUGCAGUAUUAGAAACUUUAGUACUUUCUAGAAUUCCGUACGUAACAAAUUUAUACCUAAUUGAUAGCAACUUUAUUCUCAAAGAAUUUUCGCCAGAAAGCGUGCAGACCAGUUGUGCUAACAUGUUUGAUGUCCUUCAAAAAAUUAGUCAUAUCGAUCACUUUCUAAGCCACAAUUAUAACAAAUUAGAAACUGUGAGGGAAAGCAUUGUAAGUUAUUAUCAACAAGCGCGAGAGCUGACUUUUAAAAAUAACUUGAUUUUGACGAAAGCAUAUUUUCCAGAUUUAUCGAUGAUUAGGAACGGUGGUUUGGCUGGUAGAUUCAAAGAAUGUGUUACCAGUUUAUCGCAUUUGUUAAGAUUAAUUAGUUACGGCAACAACGUUAAAAAAUUGGAAUCAGAUGCAAAUUUCAAGACAUUUGUUGAAAGUUUUGAAUCAACCAUUAAUGAAUUAGCAAAAGACAUGUCUAGGAAUAUGGUAACGAUAGAAAAAACAAAAGAAAACAUUGUAUCAUUUUUGCAGGGACUAACAUCGGAACAUAUAUUGACGGAUAAAGAAUUCACAAAGGCUAAAUUAGAACUUAUCGAAGAAGAUCUUAAAAGCCACAUAAAAUAUUUAAAAAGUCUAAAGGGUGAAACAUUGAAAAAAGGUGAAGCGUCGACGUCAACAAAAGUUGAUGUUGGAGGCGAAAUAUCAUCUUCGUCGGUGAUAAUCCACGUUGCCGAAGAACCUUUGCAGAGAGUAACUAGUAGCGAGAAACCGUCGACAUCAGCAACUGAAAGAAGUAAGAAGAAAACAACUCGUGAACAAGUUGAAAUCCGACUGGAAACCAUGGAAAGUGGCAGAGCUUUAGUUGAAGAAGAUGAGGAGGAGCCAUAUUCAGAAACUCCAGUUUGA